GUCGAAGAUUGUAUCACUAUACCUGUUCUCCGUCUGCAAUUCAAGUAUUCAGGCGUCCCGUUCGCCAGAACUGUGAGUCUGUCCUGAAGUGGCUAAAGCGCACCUGUUUUCGUACCAAUCCUCCUCCAAACAAUGUCCUAUCUCCUGAGAUCUAUCAUCAUAUCAUCGUCAACAUCCAUCCAAUAUAGAAAACUGGUCAUAUAGCGGCCAGCUGAAUAUCACUUUAGACAUCUUAUCAACAGCACGGGCAAUUCCAAUUCACCUAUUGAAAACAUGACGCCCGCGACACCACCACCCUCUAAUCUCAGGCGUGCAUUCGAGGGACAAAUACUAUUAUAUCUAGGCAUCGUCUGCGGAGUCUGCCUCGACAUUCCAUCGAUGAUGUCCGCCCCUUCACCCAGCGCCAGCGGUCAGAUUGAGACUCCCCGCGGGCCGAUUCCAAUCCCAUCAAACUUCCACUACCUCGGCUUCUUGAAUGUGGUGUUUAGGGACGUUACCAUGGGAUUCGCCCCUUCAUCCCUGGAAGUGGACGAGAGGAGUUGGUGGCAGAUGAUUGUGUUCAUAAAUGAUGUUGGGGUUGUCUACCUGAUCUGGCUUCUUGAGUCAAGUCGACCUUCCAGUCGUGGCACAGCAGCUCGCUUCCCCGCCAUCAUAGGAACGAUCGCGCAACUCGCAGGCGGUGGAGUAUUCUUCCCGGUGCAGAACCUGCUGCACUACGUUUUCUGCCCACCAGUCUCUAUUCAAAAGCCUUCAGAUCGCCGCGUUAAUGUUGGGGAUGCAUUGAAAUGGAGUCCAUUGGUGGUGGUGCUGCACACUGUGCCAGCGAUCGGCAUGUACAUUGCCCCCAAUUUCAACACCCGGCAUUGGUUCUGUUGGUUCUGGCAGCUGUAUACUGUUCGGAUCUCCUUAGGCUACUACAUCCUACGCACGCUCGGGGCAGUGCUCAAUAUCUCAAGUCCCAGAGGACAAGGAACUUACCACCAGAUUCUUCGUCUUGCUAUGAGCCCUCUUAUCGCCGUGUCCGCCACAAUCUGGAUCUACGUGGUCUUCCAAUCUCCAUUCUCGCUAGCUACAAUCUUCUGGCCCUCAAAGGUUGAAGGAGAGUUCGCGGGCACUUUUGUGGGGUUCAUGCGACGGAUGCUGCAGUUUGAUCAGUGGUUCUUGAUGGGGAGCCAUUUUCUGUGGACUUGGUAUCUUCUGCGCGAUAUGAAGAUCGCUGGACUUGUGUCUUUUCAGAAGGCGUUGAGCAUUGCGCUCGGUGUGCUUUUGGUGCCUGUCCUAGGGCCGGGAGCCACGGCUGGACUUUUGUGGCUUUGGCGGGAGAGCUAUCUGGUUCAAGAUGGAGAGCAUAUUAAGUUGAAAUAAUGAUGGCAGGUUGUCACAAAAGGUAGGCGGGAGUAAAGGUCCGAGUCGGCAAUCAACUUGAACGGAAAGUUCAGUGUAAUUCAAUUCAUGGAAGAUUGAUUCCAACCUCAUGAACGAUAGAUGGUCACCUCACUAAUACGGUGAUCUUCGGAAGCAAGGAGUUGUUUGAAUGGUUUUUAUAGCCAAUUAAUUAAGGGAAGUAAAUUCGCAUUCACAUCAGGCGUAAGCUAGACGACCAUUGGCAAGCGUAUCAAGCUUUGUAGAAUUUAUACGAUUAAGUAGAGCGACUGGGAAUUAGGCUGCAUUCUGUUGUAAGAGAUUUUCAAAGAAACGUAUCUCGCUAUCGUAAGGACAGACAGAACAAGGGUACAGAGAGAAAUGAAUAUCAAGUGAGAGGUAGAGACAGGUCGGUUUGCAGGCACAG